AUGAUUCCAAUGGCCAGUGUACAAGUCGAAAGCGCAGAGACAACUGCUACCGAGACGGAUGCAAUCAAGAUAAUCGAUCCAACCAAGCUAUCAUGGCCUAGAAAAGUCCACAUCAUCAUCGCCGGCUUCGCCUGCACCUUCAACUGCAACCUCGGCUCCUCCAUCCCCUCCGGCGCCCUCUCCGCCAUCUCCUCGCACUUCCUCGUCACCUCCCGCGUCCAACUCACCCUCCUCAACUCCCUCUACAUGGUCGGCUACGUCCUCGGCCCGCUCCUCUUCGGCCCCCUCAGCGAGUACAUCGGCCGCCGGCCCGUCCUCGUCGGCACCUUUCUCGGCUACCUCCUCUUCACCCUCCUCUGUCCCGCCUCCCCGACCUACCCCGUGCUGCUGCUCUUCCGGCUUCUCGGGGGCAUCUGCGCCGCCGCGCCGACCGCGGUCAUCGCGGGUCUGUACGCGGACAUCCUGGACGACCCGUCGCAGCGCGGCACGGCGAUGGCGGUGUACAUGUCGGUGACCAGCGUGGGGCCGUGCGUGGCGCCAAUCGUGGCGGGCUUCGCGUCGGCGUGGGGAGGUUGGAGGUGGCCGUUUUGGGCGGCGGCGAUGAUUGCGGCGCCGGGGGUGCCGGUGGUGUUGGCGCUGCCGGAGACGUUUGCGCCGGUGCUGAAUAGAGAGGCCGUGAGGGCAAAGGUGGAUGCCAAGGCAAAGAAGCAGCAGGGAGGCGUUGUCGAGGUGGCUGAGGUCGAGGAUCCGUUCGAUGCCAGACGGGUUUUCCUCCGGCCGCUGACGCUGAUGGUCACGGAGCCGAUACUGCUCUUCACCUCGCUGUACCUGGCGCUGAUCUACGCAAUUGCAUACUUGAUGUAUCAGGCAUACCCUAUACUAGCUCCAGGUUACGCCUCGCUCGCAUACCUUCCGAUGAUUGUUGGCAUUUUGAUCUCACUACCUCUAUUCUACAUCUUUAAUCGAUGGUACGACACAUCUGCAAAGGACGGCAAGGCAUGGGCCCAGCGUGAAAUAUACCGCCGUCUCCCUCUCGCAUGCCUCGCAUCCCCCUGCAUGGUUAUCGCACUGUUCUGGCUCGGUUGGACCGUCACAGACGGCUCGUCCCCCAUCCUCCCCUCCCUCAGCGGCUUGUUCUUCUACACCGGCUACCAGCUGGUCUUCAUGGCCAUGGGCAACUACCUGACCGACGUCUUCCGGCAGCACUCGGCCUCGGCGCAGGCUGCUGCGGGGAUGACGCGCUCGGUCGGGGCUAUUCUCUUGCCGCUGGCGGCCGGUCCCAUGUAUGCCCGUCUGGGCAUCCACUGGGCGCCGUCUCUCCUGGGAUUCCUCACCUUGCUAAUGGGCGUCAUUCCGUUCGUGUUUAUAAAAUACGGCGCGGCGCUGCAGCGGAAGAGUAAAGCUGCUAAUGCGGUUUUCAUGUCCGGGUUUGAGUAA